AAAGAGUGUGUCAGGUGCAGGUGGGCGGUGCGAGUUUCAGCCUUGUACAGGAAAAUAUCACGUCGUUUGCCCGUUACAUAGAUACUGCUGAGGUAUGUCUGACACGCUGCAGAACGGCCCCGGGCCGCUAGGGUUUGUCAUCAGAAGGGCCAGGCCUGAAGACUGCGGAGAUAUAGUCAGGAUGAUAAAGGAGCUGGCAAAGCAUGACGGGUUAGGACAUAAAGUCGCUAUCACAGAAGAAAAGUUAAGGGAGGACGGUUUUGGAGAAAUUCCAUAUUUUCACUGUUUUGUAGCUGAAACCACACCAGACUCAACAUCAGAAUCAACGCAAAUCGUAGGCUAUGCCAUGUACUUCUUCAUGUAUUGCACUUUCAUGGGAAGGGUGAUCUUUUUAGAAGACUUCUACGUUUAUCCGCAAUUUCGUGGCUCUGGAAUUGGUACAGAACUCAUGAAAAAAGUUGCUCAGGUCGGAGUUGAAACAAAGUGCACCAAGUGUGAGUUUAUCGUCCAUGACGAGAACAGCAGUGCCAGACGCUUCUAUGAGAAACUGGGCGCGGUGAACAGCACUGUGGAAGGCGACUGGAGAAGGUUCUUCUGGUACAAAUUCGACGUACCAUCUAUGGAACAACUAGCCAAUAAAGGCUCCUAACUCGUUGCAAUGGGUGAUGA